UGACAACAAUUAAUAUUGUAUUUUGCUUUUUGGUUAAGGAAGCAACACAUAGCAUGACACAGGAAGGCCUCUUCGGACGCUCAAUCUCGGUCCAUUUACUUGCCGGAUGUCACUCUCUCCCGUCUCUGCCAUGUCGCCAGCUUUCUAGUAUAAAAAAGUCGAGGGAAUGACAAUGAUCCUCCCAACAUUCUUUGCUGACUUCCUUUGACCUCUUCGAAAUAUUGACAAUGCCAAACGCAGAACAGAACAGACUGGGGUUGAAUAACCUCUUGCAACAACGAUAUGGCACAAGUGCUGCUACUCACUUGCGAUGGGAAAGUGUCAGAAAUGGCACUGAUCAUAAUCCUACUUGGACUUUCGUUAUUUAUAUUGAUGAUAUUGAAUACGGACGGGGUUCUGGCAGCGACAAGGGGUCUGCGAAGGAGAGUGCUGCAGGAGUUGCCCUUAUGCAGCUUCGAAGGCAGUGGGCUCAUCUGUUACUCUAGUUCCGUACUACAAAUACAUCAUCGUCUUCUUGGUUUCACGGUUCUUUAGAUAGUGCACUCCAUCCAACUUACCCCAGCUUACCCUCUUGUAAUUUUGACCGUAGAGCAAGAGGCACCCUGUUAUGUAUUCAAAGUUUUAUGUAUC